UAAAGCAAGCUUCUCACACUUCUGAGUAACCCAACACCAUUUUCUCUUCUUCCUCAGAAAGUCCCGGAAAAGGAAAAAGUUGCUCUCCCUCCAGGUUUUUUUUUAAUUUCCCGCGCAUUAUUCCGGGAGAAAAUGGCUCCUAAAUCGGAUAAUACAGAAGCUAUCGUACUCAACUUUGUGAAUGAGCAAAAUCGACCUAUAAACACCCAAAACGCAGCUGAUGCUCUGCAGAAGUUCAACCUUAAGAAGACUGCAGUACAGAAAGCACUUGAUAGCCUUGCUGAUGCUGGGAAGAUCACAUUCAAGGAGUAUGGUAAGCAGAAGAUCUACAUUGCUAGGCAGGACCAGUUCGAGAUUCCAAACAAUGAGGAACUUGCUCAAAUGAAAGAAGAUAAUGCCACUUUGCAAGAACAAGUUCAAGAGAAGAAGAAAACAAUCGGCGAAGUAGAGUCAGAAAUCCGGAGCUUGCAGUCAAACUUGACACUAGAAGAGAUUCAAGAGAAAGAUGCCAAACUAAGGAAAGAGGCUAAGGAAAUGGAAGAGAAACUGACCAAACUACGUGAAGGAGUUACAUUGGUGAGGCCUGAAGACAAAAAGGCUGUUGAAGACAUGUACUCGGACAAAUUGAAUCAGUGGCGAAAGCGUAAGAGGAUGUUCAGAGACAUUUGGGAUACCGUAACAGAGAAUUUCCCAAGAGACAUUAAGGAAUUUAAGGAGGAGCUUGGGAUUGAGUAUGAUGAAGAUGUCGGCCUAAGUCUGCAGGCAUAUUCUGAUCUAAUUCAACAUGGUAAAAAGAGGGGCAGAGGGCAGUAAUUUCCAGAUUCAUAUACCUCGGUGGAAGUAGAAGCAGCUUCUAGUUUCAGAACAAUGUUAUUCUCUGCAGCAAUCUCCUUCAAGACCUUCAUUCUAACUUCUCUCGGUGGAUGUCUUGUCGACAACUUCUGAAUUAUCUAUUAGUAACACCAAAACGAAACAUGAAUAGAAGAAACUCAACCGAGCCGCGAGAUCUUUGCCAAAACGCGAAAUCAAAACGUUGCGAAUCUCUUGAAGCUCAGGAAACUCUCCGAUUCUAGAAGAAGCGAAGAGCAAGCUGGAGACAGCUUCUAGAAGCUCUUGAGGGCAAUCUCUGUUGUGUUCGAAGAGGUGAAUACUGUCGAGCAAAAGAGUGAAGUAGCCGUGGAUGAAGAAGAGAACGUCGAGGGUGUUUUGAUCUUUUAUGACUUGGUCGACUCUGUGGUAAGCGUUCUCGUGGUGGCCAAGCUUAAGAAGCUCGGUGACGUCAGAGGUGGCUUGAGAGCAUCUAACUUGACGCUGGUUCUUGAGAAUAGAGAGCCUCGUGAGAGCUAAGUUGAGGAGAGACUUGAACUUGUUGGUUUUGAAACUCCGACCAAGCAAAGCGUCAAGCUUCUUCCCCAUCUGCUCGCAGCGAGUAGUUUGCAGAAGCGAGAGAGAAGAGAAUAGGUAUUAUGUUGUUUUCGGUUUUGAAUUAGGGAGUUAUAAGAGGAAAGAAGAGAAGACGCGUUACGUCGUACGAAGACUUCUUAGCAGCGAAGUUUUCCUUAGUUUGAAAAAAACGACCCAAUUGAAUUGAAGAAAAAGUUGGGGUCCGAAAUAAUAAAAACAAAAAGGACCGCUAUUGAAAAUCGCGCGCGAUGAUCUUUAGACCAAAUGGUAAUUUAUUAAUAAAUAGGGGUAACAUAUCCAAAUACGCUAUUCUACUCGGUUGUUG